AGAAGGCCAAGGGCGGAGAGCGGUGGGCUCCCUGGCUGGCGGCGGCGGCGGUACCUCGAGGGUCCCAGUCGGGUCUCGGUGAUCGGAGGAGGAGGAGGGGGAGGACAUCCCUCACAUCAGCUGAGAAGAAGCGGGCGUCCUUGGCUGCAUCUGAAGGGCGGGGACGGGCACCAGCCGGGGUUCCGGAUCCGGGCGUUUUUGUGUUCAAAUAUAGGUGCCCGUUGGAAUUUAUUUUCAUCCACUUUUGUUUAAAGUAAGGAAGGAAAAUGACUGCUGGUUCAGUGUGUGUCCCUCAAAUCAUCCCUCUGCGGGUGCCUCAGCCUGGAAAAGCCAACCAUGAAAUUGAUAACAAUACCCUUUUGGAAAUGAAAUCAGACACCCCAGAUGUCAACAUAUACUAUACCCUGGAUGGCAGCAAACCUGAAUUCCUGAAGAAAAUUGGUUAUGGUGAAAAUAAUACAUUUAAGUAUACAAAGCCUAUUACUCUGCCUGAUGGGAAAAUACAAGUCAAAGCUAUUGCUGUCUCUAAAGACUGCAGACAGAGCGCUGUGGUCACAAAGGUCUUUCAAGUGGACUGUGUACCACCAGACACAGUCGCUUCAGAAGACAGCGUUGAAAAUGCUCUCAAAGAGGCUUCGAAGCAGGAACUGAAGAAUGGAUUUGUUGAACCAAAACUGAGGAAGAAAUAUAAGAAUGCCGAAAACAAACUGGAUUGGAAUGUUAACCUUAGAAAGUUUCCAGACGUGGGUGAAAGAUCUGACCCCAAAACUUUGAGAGAUCUUCGCUUCUCAGAGAGCCCAUGGGAAGCCCCAGCCUUCCGCGAAGAAUCAGCCUCUAGGCCACCCACCCACCAGGCCCAGUUCCCUGGUUUUGCACACAUAACUGGCCACAAGAGUUUGACAAGCACAGAGAUCAUGAGAAUCCAGAGGCAGACAGACUUUCUCAAGUGUGCCAACUGCCUCGUGCCCCGCCCAUCCGACCCCUUCGCUCGCUUCUGUCUGGAGUGUGGCUCUCCUGUGCCGCCCAUAUUUGGCUGUCGUCUCCCGCCCCCGGAAGGAGCGCAGAUGGGCCUGUGUGUGGAGUGUGGAAGCCUGGUGCCCAUGAACACUCCCAUCUGUGUGGUGUGUGAGGCCCCGCUUGCUCCACAGCUGCAGCCACAGGCCAGCCUCCGCUUGAAGGAGAAAGUGAUCUGCCGCACCUGUGGCACAGGGAAUCCCGCUCACCUGAGAUACUGUGUCACCUGUGAGGGGGCCCUGCCGUCAGCACAAGAGCCUGGCGCUCCCGCUGGCUACUCUGUCUGCUCUAACUGUGGGGCCAGCAACCACCCGUCUGCCCGAUUCUGUGGCUCCUGCGGGAUUUAUGUGAAGUCCUUGGCCAGACUCAGCAUGGAGAGCAGCGCAACUCCAGCUGCCAGAGAACCCGGCGCCUUCGCCGAGCCUCGAUCUGCCUGGCAGCCCCUAAAUGUUCCUUCGCCCAAACUGGAUGCUGGGACCAAGAAGGAUACAGGCACACAGACCACCGGCCUGUUCUACCCAUCUGGGACGCUUCUAGCCAAGAAGGAGCUGGAAAUGACUUCCCAAAAGCAGAGGCAGGAGAAAAUGAGUGACCACAAACCUCUCCUCACGGCCGUCAGCCCAGGACGAGGCUACUGGCGCAAACAAGUGGACCACAUCGCCGCUCACCUCCGGUCCUACGCUCAGAACAACCCUGAAUUCCGGGCCUUGAUUGCAGAACCCAGGAUGGGAAAGCUUAUCUCUGCCACUGUCCAUGAGGAUGGCUAUGAAGUUAGCAUCAGGCUGAAUUAUAUCCAAGUCUCAAACAAGAACCUUUACCUAAACAAGGCGGUGAAUUUCAGCGACCACUUUCUGAGCAGCGUCACCGAGGGCGGAAAUGGGCUGUUCGGCAGCCGGCCCAGCUUGGUGACCGACUACAGCCCGGGCACCUCAGACCCCACGGAGAAGGGCAUGAGGACCAAGAACUUCAAGGCCCAGAAGUUUCAAGAGAAGAAGCAGCUUACGCCUGAAAACAGGCUCCUGCUGAAGGAAGUCGGCCCAGCGGGGGAAGGAAGAGCCUCGGUGAUGGAGCAGCUGCUUGACGAAGGAGCAGACCCCAACUGCAGCGACAGUGAGGACCGGCCCGUGCUCAGCACGGCUGUCGUGAGUAAGCACCACGAAGCAGACGUGGACCAGCAGUGGGGACCGCUCCAAAAUACAGCUCUUCAUGAAGCAACUCUGCUUGGCCUGGCAGGAAGGGAGUGUGUUGCUGCCUUGCUGGGAUGCAACGCGAGCAUCCAGAAGAAGAACUCAAGGGGCCAGACAGCAUACGACCUGGCCCUGGAAACUGGCGACGACCCGGUCACCUCACUCUUUGCUGCGAAGCUCGGCCUGGAUGAGGACCGUUAACCCCAAGGGCCCUGUGGGUGUCACUGAGAGCAACCGGCCAGCCCUGGCUGUUCUUUGUUCGUUUCUUUCUGAAAUGUGUACUUCAGAUUUGGAAAUUGAGGUUGAGAGGCACUCAGAAGAUUUAAAAAAAAAUUAUAUGACAGUAUAAGCCCCUAAUACCACAUGAGUAUUUCCCCAUAUGCCCUGGAUGGCGGUGAACUUAGUGUAUGUCUUCAGUGGUUUAUUGCUGCUUGUCUUAGAAUUUGCUUUUUAAUUUAAAUUUAUUUUUCAGUAGAUAAUAGUUGCAGAUGCUGCUAAGCUAAAAAGUAUAAAGUAUUAUGUCGUGAAGAGUCUCCCUCUGGUCCCUGUCCCACUGUCCCCUGUCCCUCUGCAGAGGCAGCCAGUGACAUCAGUGUCAAUUGCGUCUUAUAGAAGGAUUAUAGAAGUAGGAUUAUAGAAGCACGCGUACGUGAUCUGUGUGUGUGUUCGUGCAAAGUAUAUGUAAAACGUAAGUAAGGCGAUGCACAUAUAUUCUCCCCCCUCUUUUAAGACAGACAGUGGGAAACCACGUGAUGCUCUGCAUGUGCUUUGCUCAGUAUAUCUUGUAAGUGGUUCCAAAUUAGUCUGUGAAGGUUGAGUGUAUUAAAAACUGUUUUCCUCAUGUUGAGCUCUUCACUAUUCAUACUGUUGUGGUUUUUCUUUUGUUGCCAGAUAAGCUUUGAAUAAACCAUCCGCAGGCAUGUGUAA